UUUGCUUCCACACAGCCGCGAGCGUAGCUAGAGCGAGUAUCUUAAAGGAAUAACACAAAUACUUCAAAUCGUCGAGUAUUGCUUGCGAAAGAAAUAUUUAAAAAAGAAUAAUAAUAUAUAUUUAAAAAAAAAAAAACUUCAGCAUGAAAGCUAUAAGUCCAGUGAGAUCCUUCCGGAAAAACGGCGCGAGCGUGACGGAGCAAAGCCUCGGAGUGUCUCGGAGCAAGACCCCCGCGGAUGAUCCCCUCAGCCUGCUGUACAACAUGAACGACUGCUACUCCAAGCUCAAGGAGCUCGUGCCGAGCAUCCCGCAGAACAAGCACGUGAGCAAAAUGGAGAUCUUGCAGCAUGUCAUCGAUUACAUCCUGGAUCUGCAGAUCGCACUCGACUCCCAUUCCGCGACGAGUACGCUCCAUCACCCGCGACCCGAGCAGGGCUCGAGCAGGACACCUCUCACCACCAUCAACACAGACAUCAGGAUCCUGUCCUUACAGACCCCGGAGUUUCAGUCAGACUUGAUCACAGAGGACAGUCGGACACUUUACCGUUAACCAGGUGUUUGCUUAAGACGUGAACACACAGGACCCAGGAACCGACCUUUUCUCUCCACACAUACACACACACAUACACACUCAAUUUCUGUUCUUGCCUGGAUCUCUCCCCCGCCCCCCCUCCUUCUGAAUGAAGAGGUGUUUGCUUCUUAAAGGACAAUGUAGGUCUAUGUGAUGUGUUCUUGGUUUGGACAUUAAUUUUAUUUAUCUAAAGACUCUAGUCUUUUUUUUUUUUUUUUUUUCCUUUUCUUUUUUUGUUCCUUCAAGACGAAGAAGCACUAACUUCCCAAAAUGGGAGGAGAAAACAGGAAUGGAAGAAGAAAAUGUCGCCUUCUCUUAAAUGAGAUGUUUUUUUUGGUGAAGACGGUGUGAAUAGAAGCCGGUGUGCUUCAGUUACUGUACAAAGUUUAGUCUUUUUUUCCCCCCACCCCUCUAUAUUUCUUCCCAUCAUUCUUUGGGCACGUGAAGGACUGGACGGCCAAUCUGCCAUGAGCGUGAAACCUCGUGAACUCUUUGAGUUGUAUCUUGUAUAGUUGCAGACGCUGGACUUCCACGCUGCAAAGUGUCAUGCUGUAUUUAAUUAUGCUGAAACUUUUUAUAAAAGUAAUUGUAAAUCGUACCUUUUUAUAUAUAAAAAAAAUAAAUCAAAUGCUUUAUUUGAA